CAAGCUUAAAAAUAUAGAUAUUUUUGAAAAAUAAAACUUAACGGUUGCUAUAAAUAGUCUAACUAUCUCAUAAUCAAUGUCAGUUAAAUUUAGACAAACGAUCUAAACGGUUUAAGUGAAAAUUAACUAAUUCUAACCUAAUUCAAAAUGAAAUUCUUAAUCUUGGCUCUCAUUGUUUGCGUAGCUAUCAUUGCUACCGUCAGCGCUGUACCCGUUGAAGAAGCCAUUCCCCAGGGCAUUGAAGGAGCUGCCUCCGAAACUGUUAAUCCCUCUGAUGAUCAAUCAUUCUUGUUGAAAUUGAAAUUGUUGAAAAAACUCUUGUUCCUCGGUUAAAUAAUUUCAACAAAAUCUAGUUAAUACCUUGUUAGUUAUGUGCUAUACUUUAUUAAAAA